CCACAACUCUCCCGCCUCCUGUUGCGCCUCCGUCGCCAACUUGGUGUCGCGCCUCUUCUGGAUAUAUCGAUUUUGGUACAAAUUGCAUACCCUUUGCAAAUCAGCCGUUUUUCAAGAGUUUGCGCUUGCUAGGGUUGUGAUUGCCCGCCGCAGUCGCGGCUUUUUCCGUCAUCAUGUCGCAGGAUACAGGAUUGUUCAGCAUCAGGCGCCCCCGCGAGUCUAUGGCGAUGGGUAGCCAAAACUACUCUGCUCUUCCGCAACCUUCCUCGGCCUUGAAGCGCACCAGCUCAAUCGGAUACCAGAACCCUCCUUUCACGUCUCAGCACACGCGUAUGUCGCUUCUCAACUCCGCCAGUCGUCCUCAACAGCCCAACUUCCAGCGGUCCUCUUCAGGUGGAGGCUUUGGUGCCGAUGCCGGUCUCUCAUCAGUCAGACGCUCCGUCUCCAGUAACAUGUUCCAUGGCCCUAGUGUCGGGCGCCCAAGCUUUGCUCCCGGCCCGAUGUCGUCGCAAAGCACAGCAGGAUCGCAAGGAUUGCAACGAAGGAGUAGUGUAUUCUCACGACCAUCCGUGGGUGGCGCCAUGGGUCACCAUUCUUUCUUUACUCAAGUUCCGUCAGUUGCUGGUGUCCCCAGAGACCCACGGCCGCUCAGGGAUAGGUCUUUCCAAGCUCGCAUUGGACAAGAGCUGUUGGAAUACUUGACGCAUAACAACUUUGAGCUCGAAAUGAAGCAUUCACUGGGGCAGAAUACCUUACGCUCUCCUACACAAAAAGAUUUCAACUACAUUUUCCAGUGGCUGUACCAUCGCAUUGAUCCUGGGUACAAGUUUCAGAAGAGCAUGGACGCGGAGGUUCCACCCAUUCUCAAGCAACUACGUUAUCCCUACGAAAAGGGUAUCACCAAGUCGCAGAUUGCGGCUGUGGGAGGCCAGAACUGGCCGACAUUCCUCGGUAUGCUGCACUGGCUUAUGCAACUGGCCCAGAUGAUGGACAGAUAUCUGCUUGGAGAAUAUGAUGAAGCGUGCGCAGAGAUGGGAGUCGAUGUGUCUGGUGACCGGAUUAUCUUCCGUUUCCUGACAAGUGCCUACCAUGAUUGGCUGCAAGGCGGGGAAGAUGAGGAUGACGCAACAGCAGAGAAGAGACUGGUCCCUCACGUUGAGAUGAUGGCCCAGGAGUUUGAGAGAGGAAAUGAGAAAUACGUUCAAGAGAUGGAAUCUUUGGAAGCCGAAAACCGAGCGCUACGUGACCAGAUCGAAGAGAUGGAGAAGAAUGCUCCGGAUAUGGCCAAGUUGGACAAGCAUUUCAGGAUUCUGGAGGACGACAAGAGGAAGUUUGAGGACUACAACCAGAAUGUCCAGGGCAAGAUCGAGAAAUAUGAGACCCGCAUCAAAUUCUUAGACGACGAGCUCAAGAAGACGGAAGAUGACCUGCAAGCCGCCGAAGAGGAGCGGGCUGGGCUUCAGGCCAGUGUUGACCAACAAGGCCUGACAAUCCAGGAUAUCGACCGCAUGAACACAGAACGUGAACGCCUGCAGAGAAAUCUUGACGAUACGGUCAACCGACUGGAAGAAACCCACGCGCGGGUCAUGGCAAAGGAGGCCGAGGCUAGUAGGAAACUCGAAGAUUUGGAGGAAAUCGUCAAAGUCUACAACACGCUCGGAUACCAGAAUAGCUUGAUUCCUUCGUCAGCUGUCAAUGCCAAGGGCGAAGAUUACGAACUUAGUCUCAACGUCAACGAGAGCAAUUUCUCCGCUUCUCAGGUCGGUGGUCUAGCGAACCGAAUCUCAACCGAUGGAGAUCGCCUAUUGGCGGACCCGUUCACCGGUUAUCACCCAGCACAUUUGCUCAACCUCGAUCUCCGCGGAAUCGUGCGCAGCAAUCUGCAGGCCCUCCGGAAGGAGAUCAACGAGCGCCGGAAGCGUGCCAUUGAUGAUGACUUGGAAAGACGCAAUCUCCUGGACAACAUCAAGGAAGCAAUGGACGAGAAGCGAAGCGAGGUUGAGGCUCUGGAGCACAAGGCACGUGCCGCUGAAGAGGAAUUCGAGCGGCUCAAGGAGGUCACCACCACGCAGAAGCUCGCGUCCGAUGCACAGAUUGAGAAGAUGGAGAAGGAGCUGGCCAAGAUGCGAGCCACGUUGGGCGAAAGCGUUCAAUUGAUGGAGCAGCGCGAGAUGAAUACGAACAUUGAGUAUGAGCAGUUGACUCUCCGCGCUAACGCGUUGAGAGAGGAGCUGCACACCAAUGUGGAAAGCAUGCUGAACGAUGUCAUCCGCUUCAAGGUCCAUGUCCAAAAGGGCUUGGAAGACUACGAGAGCUUCGUUGUCGACGAGGUCGAGCAGGAAUUGGGUGGUGACAUGCAGUAUGCAGAUGAGGACGUUGAGAUGGGAGUUGACGAGGAGGAAGAGCUCUAAAUGAUAUUUCUCUGUAUUCUGCGCCACGAUGACGGUUCGAGUAUGAUGAUUGAUGAUUUCGGGAAGCUCUGGAGUCGCAGUGUCAUAAACAUUUGUUCAUUCUGCUGAUAUCGUUGUCUACUACUGGGGCGCUAUUGGGAGCU